CGAGAAAUAUAUUCCAAAAUAUAGAUGAAAAAUAUUAUAUAGUCUCAGAGGCGUACAGUGUAGCUAAGGACCUCUUUAUCCAAGGACGUACAAAUUAUGAUAGUUUAAAAAACACAUCCCUAUACGUGAUGGACACAUUUUUAGACCUAGUGCGCAUUAUGAACAAUGAAAUGUCCAAAGAGUUAAGAGGGGCCGUUAUCAAAUUUUAUAAAAUUAAAUAUUUUCACGAUUUCACCAAUUAUGUGAUAAGUUUGGAAGAGGCGACAGACAUGAUAGAUCAUUGUCUUAUUGAACCUGUGGAGAAAAUAGAGAAUAUACGAAAACAGUUCCACAAAGUUAUCAAUAACUUCGAGGACAUCAGACAAUUUGACACGGUCAAUAAAUGCAUUAACGAACUUCCGGAUGAGGUUGCGGCUGCUCAUUGUAUCUUGCAUCAAGCUGUCCUUUUCAAUGAAACCAUGCAAGAGAGCCUAAUGUCCAUUGUUGAAAUAAAAACUAAUCAAUACGUCAGAAAAAUGAACGCGUCCAUUUACGAUGUGCAGAACUGCUUAAACAAUUUAAUACCAUAUUUCUUUGAACAAUUACUCGUCGAAACUUAUACUGAUAAAUGUAAAUUUCUGACGGUGAUAAACUCUUCAAUCGAAGAUCUAGUAAAGGAUAAAUGGCGAAACCAUACAAAUACACAGUUCCCUGAGAAAUGGAGCCCUCUGGUUGGAUUCCUAAAAGAGAAAUCCUUGUCAACGCUAAGGAAUAUACAGCAGUCUUUGUUUGUAACUCUAUUAUCUGCUAAUAUAACGUCGUUGGAUAUUAUUAAAGCUUUGUACUCUUAAAAUGUUUAUAUAUUUAAAUUAUUAAAU